AUGUUGGGUACCCCUUCCUUUUGGACUCUGGUACUGGUCGUUUCCUUCGGCACAGCCCAACAGGUCACCUUGGGUCCAGAAGCUUACACCGCUGCAGGAGAGUUCCCCACUAGCUUGUUCUCGUCGUACUGGAAUGAGCCGACCCAGACCGCAUCGCAAGUACAACCGGUUAUUACUGAUUCAAUCUUGAACAAAACAUUUCCUCUCAAUCUGACAGAUCCGGAGACGAUCGUAAACAACGAUACAUCCGAUCCGCUGUUCUAUCCUAAAGGUCAUUCGAAUCUUACCCAGGCAUCUGCUGAGCAGUUUUACCAGAAUGUCACUGCCCAAAUUCAGGGUAUCAUUGCAGGAGGAGAAGGCUCCAACUGUACUAAAUGUAUGGACGCGUUGACCGCCGCUAGUCGUCUCGCCAAGGAGCAUCCCAAACUGGUUCCCCAAUUGCUCCUUUCAUUGUGUAAAGAAUACAAGUUUGCUUCAGGAAACGGAUGCCAAGUGUACUCUGAGCAUGCUCAAGGACCUUUUUACGCUCAAGUGUUGGCUUAUGCCGAUGUAGGCGGUUCUGAUGGACAGUAUCUGUGCCAAAAUUUCAUCAAAGUUAGCAAAUGCCCCCGACCUGCUCUCCCAAAAUUCGAUGCCAGCGAAUUCUGGACUAAACCCAAGCCUUCGAAUGUCACUAUACCGGUACCCAAGGGGACAAACCGAGUCAAGGUCUUGCACAUGUCUGAUUUUCACAUCGAUCCUCGAUAUGCUACUGGAUCAGAAGCCAAUUGUACAUCUAAUUUAUGCUGUCGAAAGGGUAACCCUGCGGCCUCACUCCACAGCAACUACACACCUUCUGUCCCAGCCCCGCGGUUCGGUUACUUCCAGUGUGAUACUCCGUGGGCACUUGGAGCUGCGGCCGUCGAAGCUAUUCCAGUGCUGACUGGUACCGAUCGCGAUGACAUUCUCAACAUGACGAUAUUCACUGGUGACAUGGUGUCCCAUGAUCCGUAUUACCAACUGAGUCGAGGUUAUAUACUAUACACUGAGACUGCCUUGUAUGACCUUUGGAAGCGAACACUCAACCCGUCUUCGCCUUUGUUCGCGGCCAUCGGAAAUCACGACCAGUACCAACAAGCCUUCGAUUCACCCGAUACACUCACUGGAGUCCUGAAGAAACAAUUCAGCUGGAACUACGAUCAUCUCUCGAAUUUGUGGAAGAACAAUGAUUGGAUUGAUGGCCAGGCUGCCAGACAAGCGAAAGCUCAUUACGGAGGAUAUUCGGUCCAGCACGCAUCCAACCUCAAGGUGAUCACAAUCAACACUGAUCUAUGGUACCGAUCGAACAUCUUCGCUUUCAUCAACACCACCCGUUCUGACAAUUUCGGAUUCUUGAAAUUCCUUGCUGAAGAAUUGCAAGAGGCAGAGGACAACCAUUCCAGAGCUUAUAUCGUGGGACACGUUUUGUCCGGUUGGGAUGGAACCAAUCCUGUCAUUGGUCCUACCGAUGCUUUUUACCAGAUCGUUGAUCGAUACUCUCACGUCAUUGCCGGGAUCUUCUGGGGUCAUACCCAUGAAGAUCAGAACAUGAUCUAUUACGCCCACAACGCUACCGAUAUCUCUGCCGAAACCGCACAGAAUGUGGGUUGGAUAGGUCCCUCUAUCACCCCCUUGACCGACUUAAACUCCGGCUUCCGACUCUACGAAGUUGACGCGGAGACUUGGGACAUUCUGGAUGCUCACACUUGGUACUCAAACGUCACUACGUAUGGAGACCUCGAUAGUCAGCUCGCCGUUGGACCAAGCUAUCAAUACGAAUACAGCACACGCGAAGCUUACGGAGGUCAAAUCGAUUGGCCCAAAAAUGCACCUCUGAAUGCUACAUGGUGGCAUUUGGUGACGGAACGCAUGAGCGGCGAUGGUGGUGCUCUCGUCAACCUGUACAAUGCUCAUCAAGGGAAGAUGUCCACUCGAAGUCCCAACUGUACCAGUACCGAUUGCAUCGAAGCAAAGGUCUGCUAUAUCAGAAGUGGGUCAGCGCCCUUAGCGCUCGAUAGAUGUCAACCAGGUUUCGGUAGUGUUCAGUAG